UGAUGGAGACGAUGGAGCAACAAAGAGAUUCACUCUCUUCAUUGCCUAUGCUCUCUAGGCUUGAGCAUUUGGACUUCGUUAUAAAGAACUUAGAAAGACAACAGAACCUACCGAAAUGGAAAGAUGAAAGUGCAUCUACUACACGCGGAUUAAUCGAUAGAGGCGCGGCUGUCAGAGAAGCUUAUUUCAAAGGAUCAUUACUAGAUAGAAUUGCAGCAUUGGAGACCAGACUUUUUCAGAUAUGUUUGGAAUUGGAAUCGAGCAGUGCAUCUUCUACUUCAACUGGAGGGUCCGGUGAAACAUCAAGCCAAAGGAUUAAGAGAGAUUUGACAAAGACAUUACCCAUUUUCAGUAGCAACAUUAAUCCUUUUCAUAUUCCCUUACAGCAUUCACUAGACCCUCGGGAAACAGAAGAGAAGAUUGAAGAAGAGGAGAAGGAAGAGGAAGAGGAAGUGAUAAAUAUUGAGAAACCAUCGCUGGAGAAGAAGGAUGCUAAUGAAACUUGCAAACCAAACAAGAAGAAGACAAAAUCUUCCAAGAAAUGGUCCUGGUUUAACUUAUUGGGUUGCUAAUUUUUUUUUUUAUUGUUUGUACUAUGCAGUAUUUCAUAUUUCGUUUUAAACCUAAGUUUUCCUUCUAAACUAUGCAAUCCAUCAAACUUAGAAUUAAUUAAAAAUUUUGCUUAACAUA